AGGCUUAUAAAUACAAAAGAGCCUGAGCUUGACUGUCCUCUGGAGAGAAGAGCCUUCAAGGGCAAAAAUCAAGAACGCAGAAUAUGCUUUUCUCCUUCUAAACUUCACUCUGAACAGAGUUUCCCAGAGCUCUGUUUAUUUCCUCAGGCUCCGUCAUGUCCUGCUUCACCCACCUAUGGCAUUCCAACACACCGGACUCUCCCACCAGCCCUGACCCUGCGUCUCCCAGCGAAAUUCCCAUCCCCAUCAGCCCCAUUGUUAUCACGUCCCCGGGAGAUGGCAAGAGGAAGCCCAGGUCCCCAACGGACAAGCCUGGCUCUCCCAACCCAACGUCUCCCAAGCCAACGUCCCCCGUCGAAUGCUCCAUCUGCUUCAACACCUAUGACAACACCUUCAAGACGCCCAAGCUGCUCCAAUGCUCCCACGUUUUCUGCCUGGAGUGCGUGGCUCGCCUGAGCACAGGGCUACCCCCGAACCAACCUGAGGACCAGCUUCCAUGCCCCUUCUGCAGGCAGCUCACCAGCAUCCCUCUGGAAGGGGCUCCAGCUCUGAAGACCAGCAAGGAGCUCCUGGCCACGCUGCCCCCCGAACUCCAGCAGGAGAAGGUGCUCUGGAUGGAAGGGACCAAGCUCUGCUGCCGCCAGACAUCAGAUGACCCCGAGAACCCGGACUCGUGCAUCUCCAUUGACGUGGCCAUGAGCAAGCCCGAGGCUCCGGAGCCCCCUCCGGCAGGGCUAGCCGGGAGGCUGUCCCGCUGCGACAUGUGUGACGACUGGAAACGCAUCCUCCUCCUCUCUGCGCUCAUCAUCAUCAUCUUCUGCAUCAUCCUGUGGCCGGUCCAGUGUGCCCUGAAGACUGGGAACCUCCGCUGCUUCACGAGAACUGUUGCAAUGAGCAGGCCGGACUAUCUCCCCCCUAAACCCACCACAGCAGCAGCGCCUGUGACACAGCCACACUUCCAGUAG